GAGUAUAAAGCAGAUAUGAAGUGCACUUGGACUGCAGAAAGCAGCAGGAUGAAGUGGAAUGUGUGCCUAGGGCUGCUGUGUCUCAGCCUGCUUAUCUUCAGUCUUCAUGGAGAAGAGACAGAAAACAGCAGAGAAUUUCACCCAAAUUUUAAUUUUGAAGAGCCGGAUUUUAAUCAGCUUGAGAUGUACAGAGUAAAACGACAGACGGUCUUCACAGAGGAGAAAAAUCCAGCAAAGACCCUAACUGUUGUGAACAGCAAGACUAAAAGAAAACCACUACAUCCAGGAAGUCUCAGUCCUUUAGGAGACCAGAUUGCAGAACCAGUGGAACACAUCUAUCACCGCACCAAGAGACAAGAAAGGGGUAAAAAACGGAAAAAUUAUUCUGGAAGGCUGAGCAUGUUAGCAAGAAUUGAAGUUACAACGCAGGCCCAGCUGACUGACAAGAUGGAUACAGAAUGAAAAAGUUAAAGCAUUAUAUGCAUUCAAGGCUCCUUCCCAGGUUCCCUGGAUCAAGAAAAAAAGGAAUAUAUCACCAUGUUUCAUAAAGAGUGUUUCAGGCUCAUGUUAUGCUUAUGAUAAUCAUUUAUAUUUCUAUAUCUUUUCUUCUCCAAGUAUAUUUUGGCUAACUAAUAAUCUCUAUGGAAAAUAAAAUGUAUUUACUGUACUGAAUUCUCCCCCGUGUGUAAUUCUCAUUCGCAUCACUAGGGGGCAAUAUUUACCCAAGAGAUAAGCACUCAACCAGCUCGGCUUCUGUUAAGACGAAAUGUUUGAGAUCUGUUUAUCUUCAUCUCUUAAUUACAAUAAAGCAUUUGUGUUAAAAA